AAUUUUUUAUCCAUAAAUACGCCAGGACAAACUAUGGACCAUUUCGUGCCUAAGGAAUCUUUCUUUGGUACAUGCCAAAAGAAUCUAUAUAUAACAUACAUUCAACAAAUCAAAGCAUACAUCAAUUGGAUCAAGAUAGUGAUAGAAAAAUAGAAAUAAUGGAAGUCACAAUUGUCUCAAAGGAGAGAAUUACACCUUCCAACUCAACACCCCAAAGCCAUAGAUAUCACAAGCUUUCCCUCUUAGAUAAAUUAGCUCCACACGGUUAUACACCAGUCCUCCUCUUCUACACCACCACCUUUGAAUUGGAAGAGAGAUACAAUAAGCUUAGGGCAUCCCUUGCAGAAACCCUAAACCAUGUGUAUCAACUUGCCGGGCGAGUUGGGGCCAAACAAUCUUCAAUCAUGUGCAACGACCAAGGCGUUGACUUGAUCCGCACCAAGGUUGGGGAAGACAUGUCAAAUGUGACCAAGCACCCGAGGAUCGAAAUCCUGAGACAGUUGCUACCUGUGAAGCCAGAGACAACCUUGGACGAGGAUGGUGUAAUUCUCGCGCUACAAAUCAACACCUUUGCCUGUGGUGGAACCGCGGUUGGCCUUUGUAUCAACCAUGUGAUUGCUGAUGGUUGGUCGCUGGCGGUUUUCCUCAACACUUGGGCAGGCAUCAAUCGCGACGACAAAGAGGCAACUAAAGGGAUUGUGCUGGACAGCACUUCCAUCUUCCCAGAAUGCAGAGAUAAUGGCAGAGAUGUUUCCAUGCUGCCAUUGAACUUAGAAGCCCAAGCACCCAAGAUUGAGUCCAGGAGAUUUGUGUUCAAUGAGGAUCAAGUAAUGGGCAUAAAGGAGAAGAUGAUGGGUAAUUAUAUUCUCCUCCCCUCUCGCAUUGAAGCCGUUUCAUCAUUUGUAUGGGCAACAGUUAUGAAAGCCCAUCAAGAAACAAACAUGAAUGUUAAGACACAUGUGAUGACAAGUGCAAUUAACAUGAGGAAAAGAAUGAAACCUCCACUCCCACCACAAACCAUAGGGAAUGUUUUCCAUGUCUCUAAAGCAUGUCUCCAUAGCCAGGGAGCUAUAGUAGACUAUAAACUGGUAACUGAAAGGGUACAAAAAUCAUUGAGCACAGCAGAAGACGGGUAUUCGAAGAUGAUGGUGGAGCUUGAUGAGUAUUUUAGGAGACUUGGGGAAGAAGAGAAGAGGGAGGAUGUGGGAAUGCUUAAAGUAAGCAGUUGGUGUAGGUUCCCUUUCUAUGAAGUUGAUUUUGGUUGGGGAAAGCCGAUAUGGGUAGCAAAUGCAAUAAAGGCUAUGAAUGUGGCAAUUUUUAUGGACAGUGGAGAUGAAAAGGGAAUAGAAGCAUGGGUGGGAUUAUCAGAGGAAUGCAUGCUUAAGGUUGAGAAAAACCAAGACUUCCUUGCCCAUGUUUCUCUUUGCCAAUCUGUUUGAAACUUCAGCUUUUAUUUUUAUUACUAGCCCAUUGCGUAUUUUGCAAUGCCCAAUAAAGAUCCA